AUGUUUAUGAAAGCUCAUAAAAAUAUAAAAAAUGCAUACACAUUUGGCGUCAUAAAUUAUCGCGCUGGAAUUGAAAUUGAUAAUAGUAAAAGUAUUAAUCUAGCAGAAUGUGAUUCAAAUAAUAUCUUAGAUAGAUCUUUUAGGAAACCGUUCAUAGUUAUCUUCAACGAAAAUGGAUCGUUUAAACACAUUAUCAUUGGUAAUAACGAGGAAAAUAUAUCAGUAAAUAUGAAGUUACUUUUUAGUAGUUUAAUACAAAUUCAAAAUACAAAAUUAUCUCACCAAAAAGAGUCAAAAUACGCUGUUAAUGUGACCGAACAUAUAAUGUAUGGUGACUGUGAUGUAACCUAUAAUAUUAACAAGAUGAAACUCUCUAGGAAUUCAGAGGCAUUGAGUAUCCGGAAAACGUAUAAUAUGAAUUCAUGUUCUCAAAUCUAUUAUAGAGAUACGACUACUAACAAUGAACAUUUAAGCGAAUGCUCUACUUUUUCAGAGGCAGAUGUCGAUUGGAAAAUAAAUUCUGAAAUGGAAAUAGAAAAAUCAAAUAAUACUUACAUUCUGCACAAUAUAAAAUUUUCCGAAUUCAGCUCUCAAAUACCAUUAAAGGACAAAUUAACAAGAAUAACAACAAAUCAAAGUACUACGAUGAAAUUAAGAUUUUUGCCUUUAACUGAACCUGCAUUGGAAACCUAUGAUACUGAUGACGUAGCAGCUAAAAAAAUACGUUUUGGAAAUAUUAAUCACUCUAUCUUGCAAGAAUCAAGCAGUAUCAAAUAUCAUAAAUUAAGAAAGAUCUAUAAGGCAUUAGUUUGUGAUAAAACUAAUCAAACCAUUUACUUAGAUUUAAUUCAACGUGCUAUCCUUUGCAAUGCUGAAUAA